AGUUACGGUCGUAGCGUAGCUCAAAGGCUGACGUGGAGUGGGCGUUUUCUGAAACCCCUUUAAUAUUUUUAAAGAGAAGAGAUAAAGAUGCAUCCCUAUCCUUUCCCGACCUCUGCUUUCCUUUUGUGCUCCUUGCUUCUCCACCGUCCGGCCUCCACUCAAGCGCCUGUACCUGCUCUCUCUUUAUAUUUUUCUGUUAUUUGUUCAUCUGGAAUGAAUUGGCUUCUUUUUCUACCACCAUAUUCUUCUGGAUCCGACAAUAAAAUCUAGAAUUAUUUUCCUAGAGUGAAUCCAAUUGACAGUAGCUUCCUCUUGCAUUCUCUUCCGCAAGCGAAGCUACCUUAUGACUUGUGGCAUCGAUUACGACGAAGCCAGGAGUCUCCAGGGAAGAAAAGGAUGAUACAAAGGCUGAGGGUGUGUGUGAUAUCUUCCACGCUAUAAUACCUGCAACAUAAAUCGCGCUUCCUAAAAGGAAAUUCGCGCUCCGAGAAUUUUCAGUUCGCGAAUUUUCCGCGACUCGUCAAAAAUCCGCGGUUUUACGCUCCAUAGCGGGAACGUCGGGACUAUACGGACGAAUUAGGUGAUCUAAGGCCUUCCUCCCUCCUUCCCUUCCCCCUGUUAAUUUAAUUGGUGGGUUUCUCUGCCAGAUGUUACCUUGCACGUCAUCGCAUCCAAUCAUCCCUCACAAACGACUACAUCGUCCAUCUAUUGACCUGCUACAAAAUGCCUGUCUCGGCUGCUCCUCCGCCAUGAGAAAUCUCAGCCGCAAAGCGAUCCUCUCAUCUUUCAACACCGUCCACCGCCGCAGCCUCGCCGUUUCACCAGGCCAUCCCCAAAUGGCAGCCACGACGACAACGAUUGAAGCAAAACGGGGAGGGUCAAUUGACGACAAGGAGGAACAAGAGAAGAGGAAGGAGAAGGCGAUUCCUCCUCCGCCGCCGCCGGAGAAGCCUGAGCCGGGAGAUUGUUGCGGCAGUGGGUGCGUGAGAUGCGUGUGGGACGUUUAUUACGAAGAGCUGGAGGAUUACAACAAAACGUACCUGACCAGCGGAUUUGCAUCCAGUUCGCAAGCUUCUUGACGGCGAGCGGCUAUCGACCUUGCUUUUAGCCAUGAGAUUGUUUCUUUCGAUUUUCAUCCCUACUUUCUAUUAUUUCAAUUUGUGGGCGGAGAAAUUUCUCCGAUUUGUGAUUAUCACUCAUCCAAAACAUGGCUCCUUGUGCCUUGACAUGGCUUCUUUGAGAGGUAAGUAUAAGGAUUCAGUUGCAAGAUUCAGUCUUUUGCACAAGUCUGGUUUAUUUUGACCGAAUUACUACUCGGGAACAAAAUAAAUUCUUUGGGUGGAUCGGCUUCUGCAGAUUGUGUUACUGUUAUGUGUGUUGCUGGUAUAGAAUCAAAUUCUCUUCUUUGAAUCAGUUUUCCAACCAGGUCAACACUGAGACCUUCCGCUUCAUUGAUCUUUGAUGGCCUCACAGUGGAUUGGCAUUCUGCAGUUGAUUUCAUCAGGUGCAAGGCUGCCCUAUUGAUCAUUUUGUCUGGUUUGUGAGUGUAACUACAACAUGGAAAGAAAGAUGUCAUCUAGUUUCCGGAGCUAGCAACAGCAGUGAUCUUGUUUUGGUUGGUGUGAAGUUUGCAAAAGAUUGAAAAGAAAGAAACACAGAAAGAUUUAACAUUCAGAAGGGCUUACUUCUCAAGAAGAUAAUGUAGUAAUGUUGAUCUGUUCCUAAAAGCUUGUGUCGGCCAACACGAACACCUUGCUAGGAACUAUCAAUACCCAGAGCUAAAAUUGCAAUUUCCCCUGUUCAAGCAAAACUAGAAAAAAUUGUUCACCACCAACAGCCACUUCAAUCAAGUCUAAAGCUCAACACCUCAAGAAAGAUCUCCUGAAAAAGAUUUUAACUGCCUUCUCAAUGGCGAAAGUUCAUUAUUACACUCCGCUAAUAUGACCGGCCUUCCAAGAAACUACCGCCGAUUGCUCAAUUCUACAACAGCUUAAUUUGGUCUUUUACCUCCUGUGAUAACAGGGACGUUAAUCUGCCAGCCAAUGAAACCAAGGGGGCUCAAAGUAACAGAAACCCCGAACCAACGACAGGCUACCAUGUUUCCGGCUUCCAUCCACUACUUGUUCAUUACAACAGUGCAGGCCUUGCUGAGUACUCCUGUGAUCAGCAACCAAAUCCAGAAUGAGGCAGCUGUUUCUUACUUAUCGGGACUGGGAUCCCCAUAAGAAACCAAACCUUGCUGCCCUCCUGACAGUGAGCUUGAUCUCGACAUGCUACUACCACGUUGUUUAGGUGGUGCACGGUCUGGAGAUUUCGAAAGAGAAGCUGAUGACCUGCUCCUUGACCUGGAGCUAGCAGUAGACCUGGAUGUUGACCUCAAUCUUGCUUUCUUACCUGAAUUGCCAUCAUCAAUUCGAGGGCCAAGACGUGUUCUCAAACCCUCACUAACAGGAGGUCGCUUGCCUUUGGACUGGGACUUUGUAUAGGAGGGCUCUGGCUCCUGCUGCGAGCUCUGUUCCUUCUUCCAUUAUAGUUUCCUGGGUUGCUCCGAGAUCUGCUCCUACUUCUACUUCUCCGACGUCCAUAUCUGCAGUGUAUGGUUGGGUUUUAGAAAUGGUUGAGUUGAUUUAUGAUAUAAAAUUAUUUUCUGAAAUAAAAAGCAAUUGGCGAGUGAUGCAUGGUAGAUUGUUCAUUAACAGGACAUUCAGCAAUGACUAUGACAAGUACAAAUAUAUUUUAAUUUCAAAGGGAGUAGCCAAAUGAAAUUUAUUAGUGAGACAACGUUUAGAUCUAAAUGAUUUGUGGAAUUUAGGGUAAAUAAUUGUUUUAAGAAGUU